AUGAAUUCAAUAUAAUAAUAUCCAGAGUAAUUUUCAAUAGCUGCUAUUAAGUUUGGAGAAACUCACAGCGAAGAUAAGACAGGUGUUGUAAAAGGCUUAAGUGUAAUUCAAUGAUAGACAAUAAGAAAUUUAACAGGGCUACAUAGAAGAUCUAAGAUAAUACUGUAAUAUAGUAACUGUUUGCGAAGCCUAAUUAAUUCUUAGUUUGGGAGAGUACGAUUUAGGAUAUUUAGGUGAAUUAAUAAAAGUAAUAUUAAAAUGAUAAUAAAAGACUUUAAAUGGAUUUCAUUUAGUAAUCCUGAAUAAUUUAUUAUUAUGGAUUCAAUAAUUUCAAUUACAUUUAGCUCCACAUCCAAGAAGUGUGCCUUUUGAAUGUUUAAUUUAAUAGAGUAUUAAGGAAAAACAUAAAGUGGCUAAGGUCAAACAAAGUAGGGCAAGUCUUGAAAUGUCAUAAAUUGGAGACUUUAUUAAUAAAUUAUCUAUUAAUAGUAAAAACAUUAUUGAUUCACAUCCAAGUCCUAAAGAAGUUCCAUAAGGAAUCUUAAUUAUGGAAUAAGAAACAGAAAAGAUGAGAGAUAAAAUUAAAAAUAAUUAAAGCAUGCUUAAAAAAUUAUUAAUAAUGAAAAACAAGAUGAAUUAAGAAGUUUAAACAAAUAUGAAUAGUUUUGAUAUCAUGUUUUUAUAAGAGUAAAAUUAAGAGUUAAAAUAAUUAAUCGAUACAACCAGUGCAAAUUAUGAGAGAAGAAUAAAAGAAGAAAUUAUAAAAUAUUAAGAAGCUAAAAUAAUCAUGAAAGCUCAAAAGUCUGAAUUAGAUCAUAAGAUAAGUUUGAUUGAAGCUUAAGGAAAUGAAAUAUCGAAACUUAAGAAUAAAAGAUAAGUAAAUAGUUUAAUUAAGAAAUUCAUCUAAAUACCUACAAUUGAAGAAAGGAAUAAAAGAUUUAGUAUAAGUUAAGAUAAAAAUAAUAGAAGCAUAGUAUUUUCGAAUUAAAAAAUUAGAUCUACUUCUCUACCUAGAAUUGAAAGAAGUUUUGAAAGUUUUAGUAAGAAAAUAGAUUUAUAAAUAUCAAAAAAUUAGAUUCCAAAUCAAGAUAGUAAAUGUCUUUAUUAAAAAUUAAUGUUACCUUAAGAAUAAAUUUAAUUUUUAAAAGCAUGUCAAUAUGUUGGAUUGUAAUAUCCCCCUAAUUUAUUUGAUAAUUAAGAUGGUGGAGAAUCACCAAAAUAUAAUUAAUUCAUAAAAUUAAUUUAACAACUAAAAAUAAGACAUUCAUAAUGUAUGCCUAAAUGUGAUCAUUUAAAUUUUUUAUUAUGA